AUGUGCAGCCCGGAGGAGGAGGCCCUGCUGCGGCUGGAGGAGGUCUUCUCGGCUACCCUCGCCCGCGUCAACGGCCUUGUCCUUCUGCCCCUGCUCGAAACCACCCCGGAGCCCUCGGACCCCCAGGGCAGAGAGUGCCUCCGGCUCUUGCAGCGGCUGCACUGGAGCUCCCAGCGGCUCUGGGAGGUGACGGAGGAGAGCUUGCACUCGCUGCGGGAGAGGCUGUGCCACCAGGACACCGUGGGUCUGGAGUCCCUGAUGUUGCUGCAGCACGCAGAGCGCGUCCUGCAGGCCCACGUGGAGUACAUCGAGUCCUACAGUAGCUGUGUGGUGGUGCAGGCCUUUCAGAAGGCAGCAAAGAAGAGGAGGGAGUUCUGGCGGGGCCAGCGGAAGGCCCUGUGGCAGCUCCUGCCAGGCGUGAGCCCCGAGGCCUCAGUGGGCACGGUGCUGGCCCAGGCCCUCCACCAGCCACUGGCCCAUCACGUGCAGCAGUAUGUGCUCCUCCUGCUGAGCUUCGGGGACACUGCUGCGGAGCCUCACCGCACUCGGGAGCUGGUGGUGCACGCAGCCACCCUCUUUGUGAACUUGCAGUCCUUCCUGAGGCAGGCACUGGACCAGGCCCUGGCCACGCAGGCUCUCUGGCACUCCCUGAGCAGCCGGCUGAGAGAUGGGCUCUGCACCCCUGAGCGCCGACUCCUGCAGGACAGCCAGGAUGUGCCUGUGACGGUCACCCCACUGCGGGCGGAGCGCGUGCUGCUCUUUGACGAUGCCCUUGUCCUGCUACAGGGUCACAGUGUCCACACCUUUGAUCUGAAGCUGGUGUGGGUGGAUCCUGGGCAGGACAGGUGCACAUUUCACCUCCUCACACCUGAGGAAGAGCUCUCCUUUUGCUCCAAGGCCCCCCAGGACCGGACGGUCUGGCAGUGGAAAGUGACUCAGGCUGUGUGCCAGGCCCUGCGUGGGAAGAAGGACUUCCCUGUGCUGGGGGCGGACCUGGAGCCUUCUGAGCCCCCGACCUGCCGCUGCGUGGCAUACACCUUCCGCGCCGAGGGCCGGCUCUGCCAGGCCACCUACGAGGGCGAGUGGUGUCGGGGCAGGCCCCAUGGCAGGGGCACCCUGAAGUGGCCCGAUGGCCGGAAUCACGUGGGGAACUUUUGCCAGGGCCUGGAGCACGGCUUCGGCAUCCGCCUGGUGCCUCAGGGCCCCGAGGACAGAUUUGACUGUUACAAGUGCCACUGGCGGGAAGGCAGCAUGUGUGGCUACGGCAUCUGUGAGUACGGCACUGAUGAGGUGUACAAGGGCUACUUCCGGGCGGGCCUGCGCCACGGAUUUGGGGUCCUCGCGAGCGCCCCACGGGCCCUGCAGCCCUGCAAGUACACGGGCCACUGGGAGAGGGGCCAGCGGAGCGGAUACGGUGUCGAGGAGGACGGUGCCAGGGGCGAGCGCUAUAUUGGCAUGUGGCAGGCCGACCAGCGCCAUGGCCCAGGGGUCAUGGUCACCCAGGCCGGUGUCUGCUACCAGGGGACCUUCCAGGCAGACAAGAUGGUGGGCCCCGGGAUCCUCCUCUCUGAAGACGACUCCUUGUAUGAGGGCACCUUCACCAGGGACCUGACCCUUGUGGGGAAGGGCAAGGUCACCUUCCCCAAUGGCUUCACCCUGGAGGGCUCUUUUGGCAGCGGGGCAGGGAAAGGACUGCAUACCCAGGGUGUGCUGGACACAGCUGCCUUCCCACCAGAUCCAAGCAGCACCCGUAAGAGGCAGCUAGGUGUGGGCAUCUUCCCCGUGGAGAGCCACUGGCAGGGUGUCUAUGGCCCCUUCCGGGACUUCGUUAGUGCUGGCUGCCCUGGGGACGAGCAGGAGGCCCUGCUGGGCUUCCACGUGCAGAGCUCGAGGGAGCUGCGCAAGUCCCAGGAGUACCUGUGCUGCGAGAGGACCCAGCCCGAGCCCUGUGCGGACAGAAUGGAAGGCAUCCUAGAUGAGCUACUGCUGCACCGGGAGCCCAGGGCCCUGCGGGAGUGCCUCAGGAAGGCUCUGAGCAACUCGCUGCACCCCCUGGGAAAGCUACUCCGGACCCUGAUGCUGACCUUCCAGGCCACGUACGCAGGCAUCGGGGCCAACAAGCACCUGCAGGCACUGGCCCAGGAAGAGGUGAAGCAGCACGCCCGGGAACUCUGGGCUGCCUACAGGGGUCUGCUGCAGGUGGCCUUACGGCGCAAGGGCCAAGCUCCCGAAGAGGACGAGGGUACUGAGACAAGGGACCUGCAGGUGCAUGGCCUGGUGCUGCCCCUCAUGCUGCCCAGCUUCUACUCGGAGCUCUUCACUCUCUACCUCCUGCUUCACGAGACAGAGGACAGUCUCUACAGCCAGGGCAUUGCCAACCUGAGCCUCUUCCCUGACACCAAGCUGCUCGAGUUCCUGGACGUGCAGAAGCACCUGUGGCCCCUCAAGGACCUCACGCUGACAACCAAUCAGAGGCUCUCCCUGGUCAGGGACAAGUGCUUCCUGUCAGCCACUGAGUGUCUGCAGAAGAUCAUCACCACGGUGGACCCCAGGGAGAAGCUGGAGGUGCUGGAGAGGACAUACGGGGAAAUUGAGGCCACCGUAUCACGUGUGCUGGGCCGGGAGCACAAGCUGCCCAUGGACGACCUGCUGCCACUGCUCAUCUACGUGGUGUCACGUGCCCGAAUCCAGCACCUGGGAGCUGAGAUCCACCUGAUCCGCGACAUGAUGGACCCCAUCCACACAGGAGGCCUAUGUGACUUCCUGCUCACGGCCCUGGAGUCCUGUUACGAGCACAUCCAGAAGGAAGACAUGAGGUUGCACCGCUUUCCUGGCCGCUGGGACUCCAGGGAGCCCUGGUAGCUCGGCUGCCCGGGGCCCGCUGCAGAGUGGAGAGGGGCUGCCACGGAUUUCCCCGGGAAGCAAGCAUGGCCCGGCCUGGCCCUCGCCGCCCACAGAGCAGACGACAGGCUGGGGCCGUGGAGGUGGCUCUCGGAGGAGAUGAGCAGUUAGUGUCUCCCAGGGAGACGAGGCUGCCGAGGCUGCCACCCUGAGCGCUGCCCACUGUGACCCUGGAGCUGGGGGCUUCCCCCCCCCCCCCCCCCCCCACCCCCCCGCCACUCGGUCAGUCUCGGACCAUCUCCUUGACCUGCCUUGGCUCACGGGCUUUUUGCUUCCUGACCCUGCCCGGGCCUCAGCGUUGCUGUCUGUAUCCCAGUGGCCUAGAUGGUCCGUGAUGGA